AUGGACGCUCUCGGAAUUCUCUCCGUCGCGGCCGCGGUGGUUCAGUUCGCUGAUUUCGGAACCCGAGUUCUGCAGGAGAGCAUCAAUGUGUACACUGGCAUAUCUCUUGCUCAGGCAAGAAUUGUGGAAAUAGCGAAGAUAUCAAAUGAACUGACGCAAUUGACAUAUGCAAUCGAUCACAAGAUGGCGCCGUUGUCGCAGUCAGCUCGCCCUCUCACCAUCAUAGAGAUGCAGCUUCUCGAGCAGUGCCGCCGUUGUAAAGCUGCAGGAGAAGAAGUUCUGCAUUGCAUCUCCAUCAUUCGUGGCCAUGGAGUCUCUAAAGUGAAUCUCAACCAGCGGGACAUGGGACCGCUUGACUGGCAAAAUGAUUCGAAACUUGGAAGCUUCAGAACGGCAUUGAGUCUUGUUUGGAAGGAAGAGGAAAUAGAGAAGUUGGAAAGGAAGCUGAUAGACGUCAAGUCCGGUCUCAUGUCUGCCAUGAUUUCGCAUAUUUGGGAGAGAUUCACGAGAGCCGAAGAAUGUGGGAGCCCAACUCACAUGGGAGUGAACGAGCCAACCACUCGCGGCAGCCUUGUACAACAACUUCGUUCAGAGAGCCAGCAAAACGCUUUGGCAGCAAUCAUUGGCGAAAAGUCUUCCCUGGAUCAACAACACAACGCUCAGGAUGACCCACUGCCGCCCAUACUCCAGGUGGAUGAUGCGAGUUGCACUCAGUUUUUGCUGAGUAGCUUACGUUUUGUUUCGCUCGAAAACCGCGCGAAAGCCAUCCCUGUCGCAUAUCAAAACACAUACAACUGGAUCUUCGAAAACCCGCCCCAAUCCCAGGAUGGCAGUACAGCAGUAUGUUCCGACUUCACCACCUGGCUGGAAAAUGACUCAAAAAACGUCUACUGGAUCACGGGGAAACCGGGGUCUGGCAAGUCAACCAUGAUGAGACAUCUUAUUCACCAUCCUCGAACGCGAGAGCACCUUCGAAUAUGGUCUCUCAAGGCACCGGUCCACGUGAUAUCGUUCUACUCGUGGAACGCAGGUGAAGACGACUUGCAGAGGUCUCAAGAGGGACUUUUGCGCACCCUUUUGUACCAGAUUAUUGAGGCCGUACCGGAAGUUGCUCUGAAGAUUUUACCGAGCAGAUGGGCAAUGCUUAAGCUCUUCGGCGAGGACGCCGUGAGGAAAAUGCCCGAAUGGAAGUUGCCAGAACUCUACGAGGCGAUCACAUCUCUGGACUUGGGCAGCGUCGACGAAAACUUUAAAUUCGCUAUCUUUGUGGAUGGCUUGGACGAGUUCGACGGGGAUUAUGAUGAUCUCAUCGAUCUCAUGAGAGUACUACGAAAUCGCUCCGGCAUCAAGCUAUGCGUGAGCAGUCGUCCGUGGAACGAGUUUCGAGAUGCUUUUUGCGAGUGCCCGCAACUUCGUAUGGAGAAGCUGACAGAGAGAGAUAUGGCUACAUUUGUGCGCGGAAGCUUUCAAACGCGCCCAUCGUUCCGAGAUCUUUCUGCCGCACUUCCUUCGGAAGCGGAAGACUUGAUACAACAAAUCACACGCAAGGCAGAAGGCAUCUUCCUUUGGGUUGCAAUUGUGACACGGCUAGUCCUCGAGGGGUUACGAGAAGGGGAUCUGCUGGCUGAUCUUAAGCUCAAGCUUGAGGAUCUGCCAAGCGACUUGAGCGACCUUUACAGCAGCCUAUGGCGGGGAAUCAAACCACAGUACAAAAAAGAUGGCGCCCGCCUUCUGUCAAUUUUCGAGACCUUUCACCGGGAACUCAAGUUCACCGGACCCAGACACUUGACGGCAGAAAGACUGUGGUUCGCAGAUGAUGGUCACCGAGGAAUGAAGCGCGAACAGAUCAUUGGAAACCUCACAAGACGGCUAACAAGUCGAACACGGGAUCUGUUGGAGAUAUCGGUGUCAGGCGUCGUCGAGUAUCUACAUCGCACAGCGAGAGAUUGGAUGCGCACGUAUUGGGACCUGAUAGCGGCGGAGGUGCCCAAGGAUUUCGAUCCACAUCUCGGACUCGUUCUUGCCAUCUCGUCAACAUCUUCUGAUCCGACGAACUGGGGUUUCAAUAGGGCACGGGAAACAUUUGUGCCAUGGUUUCGCUACUACGACAAGUCUUGGAAGAUGAUCGCACAAUGCUUCUACCACGCAUCGCGGAUGACAGUGAGAAACGAGAAAAACUGCAAACGACUCUCAGAAGCCCUGGACGACUUGGCAGAAACCCUAGCACUUGUCGGCUCGUCUCAGACGCGGAACUGUCCCCUGCCUUACUGGGCGGGUCUCAAACGAGAUCCUCCGCGCGUAUACGGCAUGGUUUCUUUGGCAGCAGAAUUUGGCGUGCUCCAUUACGUCCGAGUGAAGGUUAUGUCAGGGCAAUCGAGCAAUCAGUACCUGAAAGUCAUGGGAGACGAUGACGACAUCUUGUGGCGACUCAUCAACGGGCCUGUCGAAUUCACGUUUGCGCGAGAAUUUGAGCAUCUAAUCCAGGAGGCCAAGAAGCUGACAGGCAACGACACUCAUCAUGAUAUUUCUCCAUUGGCGGACAAGCCAAGUCUGAAACAGGCAGUCAACCGUAUCCGGGGAACAGUCAGUGUCGCAUGCUCUCCGCAAGAUCGCUAUCUACUCGCUCAGGAUAUUCUCCAGAAGAUGAAAGAAACCCCGAGGGAGUUUCCUGGGUUCGAAAAGCAGUUACGCGCCUUGUACAAGGAGGUCACGUCGGAUACCAAUGGUGAAAGUUCGAACCUGCUUCUCGCUUCUCAGAUUACCGUCGCGAAGCCGGCUGAUGAGAAGAACAACGACAGGCCCAACGUAGAGAAGUCAAUGGAGUAUGGAAAGGCGAUAGAAAAGCUGCUGGAGAGUUAUGGCGUGGUCGGCCCAAUCAGAGCACGGAUUCGGCGAUGGUCAACUUGGUUGUCGAACGGCUCGAGCAAGUCAGGAGGGUCUGCUCUUGAACUGGAUCAGCCUUGGUCUGUUAACCAGAGUGAGACUGCUUCUGUGUAUGACUCGCCAAGCCAGGCAUCCUUCGGAUCAUCUAUAUGA